AUGGAGGAGGAGAAGGUCAUCCUCUCUAAAUGGACGGCCUUCUUCUUCCUCGUCGUCGCCGCCUCCCUGCAUGUCGUUUCCUCGGCCGGAGAGCUGUCGACGUACAUCGUCCAGAUGGACUUGUCCGCCAUGCCGAGGGCCUUCGGCGGCCACCGGAGCUGGUACGCCUCGGCGCUGUCGGCCGCCACGAGCGCCUCCGCCGCAGAGAACCUCGUCUACGUCUACGAGCACGCCAUCCACGGAUUCAGCGCGCGGCUGUCGGAUGCUCAGCUGCGAGAGCUGAAGAGGUUCCCGGGCUUCGUCUCUUGCCGGAGAGACGUGCUCUUGAGACCGGACACCACCCACACUUUCGAGUUCCUCCGCCUGAACCAGGCAGGGGGGCUGUGGCCGGCUGCUAGGUACGGGGAGGACGUCAUCAUCGGCGUCGUCGACAGCGGCAUCUGGCCGGAGAGCGAGAGCUUCCGGGACGACGGCAUGGGCGCGGUGCCGGCGAGGUGGCGGGGGGCCUGCGAGGAAGGCACCGCCUUCAACUCCGCCUGCAACAAGAAGCUCAUCGGCGCCCGCUUCUUCAACAAGGGCUUCCUGGCCGAAAACCCUAACGCGACCAUCCUGGUCAACUCACCCCGAGACACGGACGGGCACGGGACGCACACCUCGUCGACGGCUGCCGGCAACUACGCUGAGGGGGCCUCCUUCUUCGGCUACGCCGCCGGCACCUCCCGCGGGGUGGCGCCGCGGGCCCGGCUCGCGGUCUACAAGGUUCUGUGGGAGCGGGGUGCCUUCGCUUCGGACAUCAUCGCCGGCGUUGACAGCGCUAUAGCCGAUGGGGUGGACGUCAUCUCCUUGUCGCUGGGCCUCGACGACGUCCCGCUGUACGAUGACCCGGUCGCCAUCGCCACCUUCGCCGCCGUCGAGAAGGGCGUCUUCGUGGCCACUUCGGCGGGCAACAGGGGCCCUUUCUUGGGGCUCCUCCACAACGGAGCCCCCUGGCUGCUGACCGUCGGGGCGAGCACGGUGGACCGCGUGUUCUCCGGCACGGUGGCGCUGGGGAACGGCGCCGUCAUCGCGGGCACCUCCCUCUACCCCUGGAGCACCUCGCCGCUCCGGCGGCUGCCGUUGGUCUCCAUGGGCGCCUGCAAGGAAAGUUCCCUUCUAAACCAGAUCAGGGACAAGAUAGUCGUCUGCCAGGCCAACGGAACUCUUGACUCCGUCAUUGAAAGAGUCACCGCCGCCGGAGUGGCCGGAGGCCUCUUCAUAUCUGCCAGUGCCUUCAUCGAGUACAACCUUCACUUCUCCUUGCCGGCGACCAUCGUGAGCCCAGAAGAAGGCCAGGCCGUCCUGGCGUACAUAAACAGCAGCCCCAACCCGACGGCGAACUUCAGAUUCCAGAAGACUUCGCUGGGUACGACCCCGGCCCCGGCGGUGCCCCCCUACACCUCCAGAGGCCCUGGGCUGAGCUGCCAUGGGGUCCUGAAGCCUGACCUCGUGGCCCCCGGUUCGCUGGUCCUCGCCUCCUGGCCGGAGAACGUCUUCGCCACUGUCGUCAGCUCGCGGGCCCUGUUCAGCCCCUUCAACAUCCUCUCCGGCUCCUCCAUGGCCUGCCCCCACGCCGCCGGCGUGGCGGCGCUGCUCAAGGCGGUGCACCCCCAGUGGAGCCCCGCGGCCAUCCGCUCGGCGAUGAUGACCACAGCGGACCCACUGGACAACACGCUGGAGCCCAUCAAGGACCUGGCGGAGAAGUCCAAGCCGGCGACGCCCCUGGCCAUGGGAUCCGGCCAGAUCAACCCCACCAGGGCGAUGGACCCUGGGCUCGUCUACGACGCUGGGCCCGCCGACUACGUGAACCUACUCUGCGCCAUGAACCACACCGAGGAGCAGAUCUUCACGAUAACGAGGUCCAGGGGAGUAAACUGCUCCGAUUCGUCGCCGGACCUCAACUACCCCUCUUUCAUCGCCUUCUUCAAGCACGCGGAGACGACCAACUCCGUGCGGAAGUUCAAGAGGACGGUGACCAACGUUGCAGACGGGGGGUGGACCUACAGAUCGAGGGUGACGUCUGUGAAAGGGUUCGCCAUUAGAGUGUCUCCCGAGGUGCUGGUGUUCAAGGAGAAGGACGAGAUGCAGAGGUUCGAGCUCACCGUGGAGGCCCGCGUGGGCAUGAAGCCGCAGCAGGUGCUGCACGGGGCGCUCACUUGGGAAGACGACGACGGUAAGCACACCGUCAGGAGUCCCAUCGUCGCCACCACCUUCAUCCCUCAUGCUCCCCGGAAAAACGGGCCUUAA